AUGCAUGAAAUAGAACAAACAAAAAGAAUCAAAGGAGGCUGUUUCAAAAGGAUGAAUCUUGAGAUUCAGCUUGAAAGAAACAUCCAUUUCAGUAAUCCGACACCGAUACAGCGCAAGACACUGCCACUUGUGCUUGAGGGCCGAUCUCUCAUUGGAAUAGCACGAACUGGUUCUGGUAAGACACUCUGCUACUUGCUGCCUGCCAUUCAGUUUGCAGUCAGAAACAAGAGCACCCUGAUUCUCGUUCCAACCAAAGAGUUGGCCUAUCAAAUCAGAAAGCAGCUCAAAAUCUACCGAUACAAAAUUGAAUUCAGCGGUCGAAUUCUGAUCACAACCCCAAAUGACCGUGUUGAUCUCGAUCAGUUUGAUAUGCUUGUUGUUGUUGAGUUUGAUCGAAUUCUGGAGGAGGAGUCACUCCGAAAGUAG